UGGAAGUGGGGGCGGGGACUGAAGAGCUGGGGGCUAGAAGCUGCAGGGGCUUAAAGACAGCCUGGGAGUAAGGCCGCUCAGCUGGAGGAGGAAGACGGCUCCAAGCCCCCAGGCAGAGGCCCUACAGAGAUGGAGCAGAAGGAAGGGAAGCCCUCUGAGGAUGGGACCACUGUCUCCCCAAGCACGGAGGCCCCAGAGACAGUGGGAGGUGGAGCCUCUGCAGAGGAGGAGGCCACAGGCCCAUCUGAGAGGACCAUCAAAAGGGGGCCUCCAGAUGGGGCAGGAAAGCAGGAGAGGGCACCAGCUGAGGACGGCAUUUCAGCUGAAUUCCAAGGGGAAGCAAAUGGGUUGGAUGAGGUCAAGGUGGAAUCCAAAGGGGAGGCUGAACUUCAAAAGGAAGAUAGUGGGAAGAAAGAGACCACCGUGGCUCCUCAGGAGAUGACUGAUAGCAAAGAAGAGACCAACUCUGAACCCAAGGAGGCUGAGGGAAAAGAGGAGACCACGCUGGCCUCUGAGAAGCAGAAGGCUGAUGAAAAAGAGGUCAAGUCUGGAUCUAGGGAGAAAGCCGAUGUGAAUGAUGAGGCCAAGGCUGAGCUGAAGCAGGUUGCUGGGGAGCAGGAAGCCAAGGCUGGAGGCAGGGAGGCUGCUGGGAAGGAGGAGGCCAAGAUUGGAGGAAGGGAGGCUGAAGAGAAGGAUGAGGCCAAGGCUGGAGCCAGGGAGGCUGAUGGGAAGGAGGAGGCUAAGGUUGGAGCCAGGGAGGCCGAUGGGAAGGAGGAGGCCAUCAUGGCCUCUCAGGAGAAGAGUGACAAGGCAGAGGAGCCCAAGGCUGAAGCCCAGGAGAAAGCCAGUGCUUCGGAGGCCAAGUCGGACUCUCAGAAGAAGUCUGCAGUGGAAGAUGAGGCCAAGCCUGAAGUACAGGAGGAGGUGGUGAAGGAGGAGGUGGAGCGAGGCGGUGCUGAUGAAGAGCAGGACCAGGGUGUGGAGGGAGAGUCAGGGGAAGGCGCAGGAGGGCCUCCCAGCUCCCCGGAGGAAUGGCCCGAGAGCCCUGAGGAGGAGGGCAGCGGCCUCAGCCCAGACGCGCUGAGUCCAGACACUGCAGCUUCCGGAGAGACCAGUCCUUCAGCCAGUGAAUCUUCACCCAGCGAUGCGCCCCAUCGUCCCACGGAGCCCCCUCCCGCACAGGAGAAGAAGAAAGAGAAGGCACCAGAGCGCAGGGUGUCAGCCCCUGCCCGGCCCCGGGGGCCCCGUGCCCAGAACCGCAAAGCCAUCGUGGACAAGUUUGGGGGGGCAGCCUCGGGCCCCACGGCCCUGUUCCGGAACACCAAGGCCGCCGGGGCAGCCAUCGGUGGUGUUAAGAACAUGCUCUUGGAGUGGUGUCGGGCUAUGACGAGGAACUACGAGCAUGUGGACAUCCAGAACUUCUCCUCGAGCUGGAGUAGUGGCAUGGCCUUCUGCGCCCUCAUCCACAAGUUCUUCCCUGAUGCCUUUGACUAUGCUGAGCUAGACCCCACAAAGCGCCGGCACAACUUCACCCUGGCCUUCUCCACAGCAGAGAAACUGGCUGACUGCGCCCAGCUGCUGGAGGUGGAUGACAUGGUGCGGCUGGCAGUGCCCGACUCCAAGUGCGUCUACACGUACAUCCAGGAGCUGUACCGCAGCCUCGUGCAGAAGGGACUGGUGAAGACCAAGAAGAAAUGAGGGGCUGACCGACCCUGUGGGCGGAGGUGGGCAGGGAGCCCAGCUGACCAGCCGUGGCCCAGAGUCUCACUUCUGCUCUGUGGAGGCAGCAGUGCUGGGGCUGAGGCACGGGCAGAUGGCACCAGA